UUGUUCCAUGAUCAACAGAAAUAAAAAUGUCAACAAGAAUUUUACAAGUUAUUUUGUUAUACUUUUGCAUUGCUUCAGUGUUUAGCGUUCAAAAUUUAUUGGACGUCAAAGCUAAGGAGAAAAAUCUUCUAAAAAGUGACGCAGAAGUUGCAGAUGCCGACAAACGUUCAAGAAGAUUCAUUCAUGCACCAGGUCCAGGACAUGAAUUUAUUAAUGCUCACAUUCCUCUGACAAAUGCCAUGGCAACUCUUCAGCCCAAAGAAGGCGCAGAACCAGAAGUAUUUGGGGAAGUCAAUAUGAGUCAAUUAGUUGGUCAUCGAAUAUUUUUGCAAACUAACUUGACUGGAUUAACACCAGGUUUAUACGCAAUACACGUCCAUGAAUUUGGAGAUUUGAGUGAAGGUUGUGAUUCUACCGGAACAGUAUAUCCCAUAGAUGCGAUGCCAUUUUCGCAACGUUUUCCGUUUUAUCCGGGCGCCUCAUUUUUGACCGAUUUUGGUGUCACGGAAAAGGACGGAGAUGAAAUAAUGUUGCAGCUUUUGGUGUCUUCAUGGGGUCCCAAACUUUCGCUUGUGGGUUCGGGCUACGGCAUUGGAGGCCGAGGCCUAGGCCUCUACAAGCGCAAAGAGGAAAAAGAAAUAAAAGGAAAUCCUUUCGAACUGUACAAUAUGGAUUUACUAGCUUGUGGCUCUAUUAUGAUCGUCAGAUAA